AUGACACAGCUUCUUUUAUCUACGUAUAAGUGGCUACUGAAAUAUUCAUUGCUAAUUUGCAUGCUUGGUCAUUCGUGGGCGUUAGACAAUUGGGAACACCUUGAGAACUUUUUACCAUUACUUUUUGUAUCUAUUUCUACUGUUUUAUUUGAAGAUUCCUUUCUCUCCCGUUUUCAUAUUUAUAUUUGCUUUCCUCUUUUAACUAAUCAUAUCUUCUUUCAAAUUUUUCUCUCAUUUUUCCGGUCACGUAUGCAUUUAACAUUUAAGCUGGAUUAUUUUCGUAACAGCAAGUCGAUGCUCGGUGCCCAACACCUACGCAAACUGUUCACUGGUGUGAAGUUUGUGAGGUCGAGCGCGCAAGUUCCCGCUGGUAAACGAAAUGAGGAAAUUUCUUGGGGCGAUGUUUCGCUUGACUAUGUAUUAAGUGCCCCACCGCCACGUCAGAUAUCUCUCCCUUUGAGCCUAUCUGAAAUUUUCCUAUCUAUGUAUCGAUUAAAGACACGCACACAUAAACGUGUUCUCUUUUCCCCGCCCACAUCUCUCUCUUACACACAUACACACAAUAUACACUCUCUAUCUUUUUUUUCUGUCUAUCUUUCUAUCCUAAUCACAAUCUCUCUCUUUCUCUCUCUCUCUCUCUCUUUCUCUCUCUCUCUCUCCCUGAUUAUGGGCAUAUCAUUUAAAACAGCGGCUCUCAUAUCUAUCUGCUUCAGCCACAUUUCUUUCUUUUUUAUCGCACUUCCUAUCUUUUCUCUCUCCCGCUCGGCCUUCUCCUCCUCUCUCACCUUCUCUAUUUCUCUUUCUCACUCUCUCUGGACCGUCUCUCUCUCUCGCUGGACCGUCUCUCUCUCUCGCUGGACCGUCUCUCUUUUUCUCUCUCUCUUUCUCUCUCUGGGCCUCUAA